AUGUCCUCGCAUACGCAACAUUUACCCGCAGGUUGGGCUGCAGAAUGGGAUGCAUCCAACCAGAGAUAUCUCUAUAUUGAAACCCUUACUGGGCGCACACAGUGGGAUCCUCCCAUUCAAGCAUCGACCGCAGUAAUGGACCUUCAUGCAGCUUCAGUUCCCUCUACACAUGGAAAACGUCGCCAAUAUGCUGCUGGUCAAACGCAAGCUUACUAUAGUGCCUCAGAUGGCCCUACAGAUCCUGCAUACGGCGUGUCAACACCACAGCAACACCCUACUGUCCCAACCGGUCAGCUAUUUACACCGGGUCUAGCCGCUGAUCAACAGUUCGCUAUGCAACAACAGCCUCAGGCUCAGUAUUAUGCUCCCCAACAAGAGCCGCAAUACAUUAACGCCCCUGGUUUUGGUCAGGAGCCAGUUUAUAACCCACCUUCCGCUCCAGUCAAUGCACUCGCAGAUCAGUUUGGGCAGAUGGGAGUUGGAGGUCAAAAACCUUAUCAGCUGCUCACCACCAAUCUUCUCACUUCCCCGCCUGAUCCCCGCGAGUUGUCACGACCACCCCCAGAGAUGCGCCUGCCACCUAAUUCCUGUAUCACGAACUCGCCGUUUGCCAAUGCUGACCCGUCGUAUCAACGUUCAACCCUUAAUGCGAUACCUACUACUUCUUCUCUCCUCAGCAAAUCCAAGCUUCCGUUGGGCCUCGUUAUAACACCUUACCGAAGUUUGAACGAGGGCGAGCAACCUGUCCCUGUCGUUACCGAUACUGUCAUUGCGCGAUGCAGACGCUGUAGGACGUACAUCAACCCCUACGUUCAGUUUAUAGACGGUGGCAACCGCUGGCGAUGUUGUAUGUGUAAUAUGUCAAAUGAAGUCCCGCAGCUCUUCGACUGGGAUCAAGCUCGUAAUCAGCCAGGGGAUAGAUGGUCACGCGAAGAGCUGAAUCACUCCGUUGUCGAGUUUGUGGCGCCCACUGAAUACAUGGUUCGACCGCCUCAGCCCCCUGUGUAUGUCAUUCUCAUUGACGUUAGCCAUAUUGCGGUGCAAUCCGGUAUGGUGGCUACUGCUACACGUACUAUCCUGGAGAACCUGGAUCGCAUACCGAACGAAGAUGAAAGGACUAAAAUUGCAAUUAUUGCUUAUGAUGUUGCACUCUACUUCUUCUCUAUGCCGCCUGGCAACACCGAGUCCACGAUGUUGGUUGUUUCAGACACAGACGAUGUUUUCUUACCUAAACCAACGGACCUUCUUGUGAACCUGGUGGAAGCACGCGCAUCCUUGGAAGCUCUUCUGGGAAGAAUUAAUGAUAUGUUCCAAGACAACCAUACUGUAGGCAGCGCGCUAGGACCAGCUCUUCAAGCGGGUUUCAAGCUGAUGGCCCCCAUUGGAGGUAAAAUCAUGGUCCUUUCGGCCUCGCUUCCCAACAUCGGGGCUGGAGCGCUCAAGAAUCGGGAGGACCCAAAAAUAUUGGGAACUUCAAAGGAGUCUGGUUUACUCCAAGCUGCUUCGCCUUUCUACAAGACUUUUGCUAUCGAAUGUUCGAGAGCCCAAGUAUCAGUGGACAUGUUCCUAUUCAGUGCUGCAUACCAAGACGUUGCAAGUCUCGCUUGUCUGCCGCAUUAUACUUCAGGCCAGACUUACUUCUAUCCUGCAUUCAACGCUGCCCGUUCCGAGGACGCUAUCAAGUUCGCUCACGAGUUCGGCGAAGUUCUCGCCAUGCCAAUUAUGUUGGAGGGAGUGAUUCGUGUGCGCGCGUCUAAAGGGCUGCGGAUGGCGUCGUUCCACGGAAACUUUUUUGUCAGGUCUACGGAUCUCCUGGCAAUGCCCGCCGUACCCCAAGAUCAAUCAUACGCCAUUGAAGUUCAAAUCGAAGAUACGAUCACGGCCCCCUUCGUUGUCUUCCAGACAGCCGUUCUCCACACCACAUGUUAUGGUGAACGUCGCAUCCGUGUUAUCACACACGCCCUUCCUACAACAAGUAGUUUAUCAGAACUUUUUGCCUCUGCAGACCAAGUUGCGAUGGCCACACUUCUUGCUAACAAAGCUGUGGAACGCUCGCUCACCCACAAGCUGGAAGAUAGCAGGGAUGCCGUGUUCCAGAAGAUGGUUGAUAUACUUGGAUCCUACAAGAGUAGCAUGACUGCUGCAGGCGCAGGCGCUAGUGCCCAGUUGGCAAUUUCAGACAACCUAAAGAUGCUUCCAGUGUUGGUUCUUGGUCUGUUGAAAAAUGUCGGCAUUCGACAAAGCGCACAGAUCCCUCCUGACCUUAGGGCUUAUGCUCAAGCGCUGUUGUCAUCGUUGCCAUCUCAAUCCCUGAUUCCUUAUAUCCACCCUACGUUUUACUCGUUGCACAAUAUGGCCCCUGAGGCUGGUACCGUGAGUGAAAAUGGUGUCGUAUUACCUAUUCCUUUACCUCUCACAUCGGAGCGACUGGAGCGACACGGCUUGUUCCUUAUUGAGGAUGGUCAAACCAUAUUUCUUUGGAUCGGUCGUGAUGCGGUACCUCAGCUGGUACAGGACGUCUUCAACUUACCGAGUUACGAUGCCCUGCGCGGGGGGAAGACCACACUUCCGGUCCUGGAUAACCCGUUCUCGCAACGUGUCAACACGAUCGUCCAGAAGAUCCGGGAGAUGCGUCGGGGCGUUUACUACCCGCAUUUAUACGUAGUUAAAGAAGACGGGGAACCACCUCUUCGGUUAUGGGCAUUAAGCUGCUUGAUACAAGAUCGUGCCGAUGUUUUACCGAGCUACCAACAGUUUAUCACACAAUUGAAAGAUAAGGUCAAUGGGGCCAAUAAUUACUAGUCAUCAGGAUGUCCAGUAGAAGGUAUACAGUGCGAUGCGUUUUUGUUACCGAGUCCGAAUAUUACACAUUUCCCUUGGUCGUUUGUUUUGUGGGCCUAUAAGAAACGUGCGACUUUUACCAGUUAUGUAAAGGUAGUCCCAUGACGAACAUUCGAUAACCUAUUCGCCAUG